UACAAACUCACACGGAAACCCAAGCAGACCAACUUCAAUCCAAUUCCAUCUCCUACGCAAACAAAAACAUCCCCCCGCUUUUUCUUUCUGUUUUGCUGGAUGGAGGUUUCCUUUCAAUCGAGAGCAACGAAGACGACGACGACGACUGUCCCAAUUCGCCAAUCCCUAAAACCCUGAUUUUCACGCGAGCCAUAGAAUCCCCGAAUUCGGAAAUCCAACAAAGAUGUUCUCGUGGAAUUUUGCCAAGUCGGCGGAGGCGCUGUUCCCAAAGUGGGCCGUCAAGAAGCUGUGCAAGUUCGUGUUGAAGAAGAAAUUGGGGCAUUUCAUAUUGGGGGAUAUCGACCUCGAACAGCUUGACGUGCAGCUCACUGAGGGCACGAUUCAGCUCAGCGAUCUCGCGCUUAAUGUCGAUUAUCUCAAUGAGAAGCUUGGUGCAGCAGCAUCGGUGUUUAUAAAAGAAGGAUCCCUUGGCUCUUUACUAGUUAAAAUGCCUUGGAAGGCUGAAGGUUGUCUGGUUGAGGUAGAUGAACUUGAACUUGUGCUUGCUCCCUGUUUGAGGAAUAAUUCACCAGCCGGAGAUGAAACUUGUAGUUCAGUUCAGGAUGGUAAUGAUGGUCUUCAUUCUGACUUAAGAAAGCUUGAACAUGACUUGGUGGAUGAUGCUGCAAAAUCUAAUUCUGGGGAUGUUCAUGAAGGUGUUAAGACAAUAGCAAAGAUGGUCAAAGGGUUGCUUACAAGUUUCCAUGUUAAGAUAAAAAAGUUAAUUGUUGCAUUUGAUCCAUAUUUGGAGAAGGAUGAAAAGAAUACGGGGAGUCACAUGACCCUAGUGCUUCGAAUUUUAGAAACAGAGUGUGGGACUUCUGUUUCUGAAGAUGCCAAGUCAAAUGCCAGGGCAAGAGUUGAGAGCUUUCUUGGAAUAAGUCAAUUGACAAACUUUGUAAAGUUUCAAGAAGUGACACUUGAGCUUCUUCAAAUUGAUGAUGAUGACAAAAAAACAAGCUUUCCAUGUGUAUCUGAAACAAGUGUUAGUGAAUAUCUUUCAGGGCAGUGUCCCACAAAUAUUACCACUCCAGUUGUGACAGGGAAAAGAGGUGGAUUUUCUGGGAGUUUAAAAUUAAGUAUACCUUGGAAGAAUGGGUCCUUAGACAUUCGCAAAGUAGAUGCAGAUGUUCAUAUUGAUCCUGUAGAAUUUAGACUUCAGCCCAGUACAAUAAAGUGGCUCUUGCUUUCAUGGGAAACUUUGAAGAAUCUGGACAAGGAUGGUGAGAGUCAUAUGUGUUACAAGUCAAUGGAUUCUUCUAAUACUAAUCCAGCAUCCUACUGCCAUUCAUCAACGCCAGUUUCUACUGCAAACGUUACCAACAAGGUGAUACCAAGUUGUGGCGGUUUUUCUAUGGACAACUCAACUUCGGCCCUGCAAGAAUCAGUCACUGAAACUCUGCUACCCGGGUCAUGUUUAAUCUCAGAUUGGGUGCCAUAUUCUGUCCAUAAAAAUCAGAACGAUGUUAUUGAAGGAGAGCUUGAUUUUGGGGCAAGUGUCGAUGAAUUUUUUGAAUGUUUUGAUGGAAUGAGAAGUUCCCAAUCAGCAUUAGCAAGCAGUGGGAUGUGGAACUUGACAUGUUCUGUUUUCAGUGCAAUUACUGCUGCAUCCAGCCUUGCUUCUGGUUCUUUGCAUAUUCCAUCUGAACAACAGCAUGUUGAAACCAGUGUGAAAGCAACUUUUGCUGAAAUUUCUGUCGUGCUUUCCUUCCAUGAUGAAGACCAAAAGCAUUUAUGCGAUCCUGAGGUUGAUCAGGUUAAUGUUCAUUAUCUGGGUGCAGAAUGCAGUGGCAUUGUUCUUCUUUUGCAGGUAUGUCCUCAAGAAAUGAAGUUUGAAGGAAUGGUGGAUUGUAUUGAAGUUUCUGAUUACUUCAGCAGCGACAAAAAUGCCAUGAACUUUGGGUUGAAGAGGUGUACCGAUGAUGAUAACAGUCAAAUUCAUUUGAUUCAUCAACUGCAAGCUGAAGUUCAAGGUUCUCUGCCUCCGUUCACCUCUCCUGCUGAAGAUCCUUAUUCAAAUGAGAUAAAUGGUUUAGUUGCUGCAGAUUUUCCUUUUGGAAGUAAGGAUGGUGUUGUCAAAGUUACAUUGCUUAAAAGUUCAGGCGUCACUCAUUGCCAAUUUUCUGUGAGUUCAAGUUCGUCAGAUGGCAGUUUUAUGGGGCCAACAACAUUUUCAUUGAAAUUGUCACCUUUUCUUUUGUGGGUGAACUUCCCUCUGAUAAAUACAUUAUUGAAUCUAUCAUUGGAAGUGGUAAAAUAUGUUGAGAUGAACAGCAAAAAGAAUGAAUUUCCACCUGAGGUCUUCAAAUGGAAGCAAGUAUCAUCUCAUGGGGAUGUUAGAAAAGGUUCUGCUUCUGGCGUGACAACCUUGUCUUCAAGAGAAAGGUUGUGUGGUAAUAUAUUAAUCCCCAAUGCUAGAGUGAUACUAUGUUUCUCUUUUGAAAAUGGAAAGGAUAAUAGGGGUUACUCUUCCUGGGAUCAGUUUAUUGUUCUUGAUCUUUCAUCACCACUGACUGUGGACAAGGGAGCAAAUAAAGAGACCAAUCCAAUAUCAGAUGCAAGUCUACAGAAAAAACAUUCUUCAACGGCCACAAGUUCUUUGCAUUUGAAUGUUGGUGAUCUUGAAAUUUACUUGGUCUCUUCUGCAAGUAAAGACGAGGUUGGAAUUAAUUCCUGUAACAUGCAGAAUCAGAAAUUUUCUUCUCAGAACAUUCUGUCUAUCACAAAUAAAACAGGUUGUCUUUCUGUCAUCAGUAUGCUUUGGCAGGAGGGUCAUGUGACUGGUCCUUGGAUAGCAAGGAGGGCAAAGUUCUUAGCUACAUCAGAGGAAUCAAGGAGUAGAUAUAAAUUUGUGGGAAAGGGUUUUGAGUUUGCUUCUGCGUCUACUGUGAAAGAUCUGGAAGAUUUAAAUUCUCAAACUCGACAAGAGAUGAUUCUGAGCUCUGUAUUCUUCUUGCAUGUUCAUUUAUCUCCUGUUACAAUUAGUCUUGGCAGUUCUCAGUACAAAGACUUACAUGGUCUUUUAAACCAGGUGAUAAAUGGAUUGGCAUGCAUGGAUUCUGAUACUGCCAAUUCUAGGGUCGGAUCUUCUGUGUCUCAAACAUCAGUUCUUGUGGACUGCGAUUCUGUAGAAAUAUUAAUUAGCCCAGAUGCAAAGGAGAAUAUUGGAGGUUCAAUGCAGAGUGAACUUCCUGGAUCAUGGUGUGGCCUGAAACUGAAAAUUCGGAAGUUUGAAUUGCUGUCAGUCUCAAAUAUUGGAGGUAUUAGGGGUGCCAAUUUUUUUUGGCUAGCCCAUGGAGAAGGCAAAUUGUGGGGUUCUAUCCAUGGGGUUCCUGAUCAAGAGUUUCUUCUAAUCUCAUGUAGCAAUUCUACCAUGAAGCGUGGUGAUGGAGGAGGUUCCAAUGCAUUGUCAACUAGAUUGGCUGGUUCUGAUAUUGUAUACCUGUGGGAGCCAGAGAGUGUUCAUGCUUUUACAACUGUAAAUGUCAGAUGUGGCACACUCGUUGCUGUAGGUGGUCGCUUGGAUUGGUUAGAUGCAAUAUCCUCCUUUUUCAGUUUACCCUCUACCGAGAUUGAGCAAGCAGGUGACAAUAGUAUGCAGAAGGGGGAUUUUAAUGCAUCAAGUGGAUCUUCUUUUUUUCUUAACUUGGUUGAUAUUGGAUUGAGUUAUGAGCCCUACUUAAAGAAUUUGGGGGCUGGGAGUGAAGUUCUUGAUUCGAAUUCUCAUUCUUCUAGUGCCAAAGAACAAAAAUUUGUGGGUGAGCAAUAUGUUGCUUGUCUUCUAGCUGCAUCUUCUUUAAAUCUAUCAAAUUCAACUGUGGCAAAAUCAAUUGACAAUGAAUGCAAAAUUAGAGUGCAAGAUCUUGGGCUUCUGCUUUGUACAGUGUCAGGGCCUGAGAAUAUUGGUGGCACUUACAGUGUGGAACAUCUUCAUGAGGUUGGCUAUGUUAGAGUUGCUCGGGAGGCACUCAUUGAAGUUAUCUUGAGAACUAACUGUAAGAACGGUCUCCUCUGGGAGGUGGAAUGUUCUAAAUCUCACAUUUAUUUGGAGACUUGUCAUGACACCACAUCCGGACUGAUUCGUUUGGCUGCUCAACUCCAGCAAUUGUUUGCUCCUGAUGUGGAGGAAUCGGUUGCGCACUUGCAGGCUAGGUGGAACAAUGUUCAGAGGGCACAAGAGAGGAACGAUAUCAAUGAUGAAGCCAAAAUCUUCAGUGGUGAUUCCAUGCCAUCAACUUCUCAAGUGCAUGCUGCAAGUGAAGAUACAAAUAGUGAACCUGGAUUGGUUGGAUUGAUGGAUGAGAUAUGUGAGGAUGCAUUUCACUUCGAUAACAAUCAUACGAACCAAUUCGAUUCUUGUGAGCCUCGCAUUUGUGUUUCACUUGAUGAAAGCCUUCUAGGAGAUGCACAUAGCUUAAAUAUUGAAAACCCUGAAAUUUUAUCUCAUGAUUUGUCCUUCAAUGGGUCGGUACCUGUAGUGGGAUUGGAUAGUAGUCAAACCUCAUUUUUAGAAGAAGAUUACUUUCCUGAGUUUAUAGAAGGCUAUUGUUUAUCUGAGUUGCGCUCUUUGUCUGAAUUGUCUAUAAGCAGACAAUCUUUGCAUGAGAUACCUAAAUGCAAAUCCACGAAUGUGGGGAAUGGGGAUCUUGGAAAAGGAAAUAAUGGAUGGUAUGGGGAUGCCUUUUUAAGAAUUGUAGAAAACCACAUUUCAGAAGCAAGUGAACAAAGUAGUGUGAAACGACUUAUGGCAGGCAAGCGUCCUUUUAUUGACAAUACAAGACAUGAUGAUAUUGGAAAGGUUACAGGGCGUGUACUUUUAAAGGACAUUAAUAUCAAAUGGAGAAUGUAUGCUGGUUCUGACUGGCAUGAUUCUAAAGAGAACGGUGAGGGUUCUAAUAAUUAUCGUGGGAGGGAUAAAACUGUAUGUCUGGAGCUUUCAUUAUUAGGGAUGGAAUUACAAUACGACGUUUUCCCAGCUGGUGGAGUAUGUGUAUCUAAGCUUUCUCUUUCAGUUCAAGAUUUUCAUCUUUACGAUAUGAGCCGGAAUGCACCAUGGAAACUGGUGCUAGGAUAUUAUCACUCAAAAGAUCACCCUAGGGAAUCCUCCUCAAAAGCAUUGAAACUGGACUUAGAAGCUGUCAGACCAGAUCCUCUAAUCCCUCUCGAGGAGUAUCGGUUACGCAUUGCUUUCCUUCCCAUUCUAUUGCAUCUUCAUCAGUCCCAACUUGAUUUUCUCAUCAACUUUUUUGGGGCAAAGAGCUCAUCAGUUGACCAGUCUCCUGCUUGUUAUCAAGAUUCGGAUGCUUCAAAAUUGUUGCAGGACCAGAGAAUUGCAAAUGAGGCAUUGCUUCCUUACUUUCAGAAAUUUGAUAUAUGGCCCAUUCUUGUUCGGGUUGACUACAGUCCCCGCAAUGUUGAUCUCGCAGCUCUAAGAAGCGGGAAGUAUGUAGAACUUGUAAAUCUUGUCCCCUGGAAGGGGGUUGAGCUACAGCUGAAGCAUGUCCAUGCUGUUGGCAUCUAUGGCUGGGGCAGUGUUUGUGAAACAAUUAUAGGGGAUUGGUUGGAAGAUAUUUCACAAAACCAGGUCCAUAAAAUAUUGCGAGGCCUUCCUACUAUCCGAUCAUUGGUUGCUGUUGGUUCCGGUGCUGCGAAGCUGGUUUCUAUGCCAGUUGAGAACUACAGGAAGGAUCGGAGAGUACUCAAGGGAAUGCAAAGAGGUACAGUUGCAUUUCUUAGAAGCAUUUCACUUGAAGCUGUUGGACUUGGGGUACAUUUGGCAGCAGGGGCUCAUGACAUUUUACUCCAAGCUGAGUAUAUUCUUACCAGCAUUCCUCCUUCUGUAUCCUGGGCUGGACAAAGUAAAAUAAAGACAAAUGUAAGGUCUGAUCAGCCAAAAGAUGCCCAGCAGGGACUGCAACGGGCUUAUGAAAGCCUUAGUGAUGGCUUAGGAAAAUCUGCUUCUGCCUUGGUUCGGACUCCCUUGAAAAAUUACCAGCGUGGAGCUGGUGCCGGAUCUGUUUUGGCAUCUGCUAUUCGUGCAGUUCCUGGUGCUGCUAUAGCUCCAGCUUCUGCUUGUGCAAGUGCUGUACAUUAUACUCUUCUUGGCUUCAGAAAUAGCCUGGAUCCUGAGCGUAAGAAAGAGUCCAUGGAGAAAUAUUCUGGUCCCACUCAGUCACGGAAACAAGAUGAAUGAGGGUAUAUAUCUUGACUGAUCUAGUAAAAAACUAAUGCUUUCCCAUCCAUAAAAGGGUGGUAAAGAGCUCUCUUUGUAGCUGUGAAGGUGCCCGUGUAUCAUGGUUUAUUGGAUGCUGGUGUACAGUUAAGGAAACUACCAAUUAGAUUCUUUCCCGUCAGGAUAAGACAAGACGGUAAUUUUGUAGAAACUGUAAAUAUCCAAUGGUUCUUAUAGCUUUUUAUCCACCCCAAGAAGCCCUUGUAAUUAUAGUGAUCAAAUAGGCAUAUUCAGUUACACGUUGUUAUUCUUUUAAAGCCUCAAUUAUGCUGAAAGCUGCUUUUAUUGUACAUAGUUCAGCAAAUCUUGUUUUCCUAUCUAGAGAGGUUUGAUCAUUAUUUACAUCUAUUAUUACAAAUACCUUGUGAAAAUACCAUUGAUAGCGCAGUGUUGCUCAAACUCCCCCUCUCCCCCCUUUCUCUCGUUUGUUUUAAUUUUAUUUAGAAGUGUUUCUGGAUAAUGUAAUUGGUAAAUCGAAGGUUUUCUUUAUUCUUUA